AUGCAGCAGCACCCCAUCGACUACACUGGUUGGCCCGAGGGCCCCACCUUCCAGACACAAAUGCCGCCCCAUUGCCAAGACCUUAUCCACCCGGAAAAUCUCGCUACAGGACUCCACGACGGUCCACCGACAAGGUCCUCAGUUUUGAAACCCAGCUCUGGAGGAGCUGAGAUCCUUCUCGGCUCGAAGCGCUCCGGGCCCACAUACCCUCCAGCGCCAAUGGUUUCGGUGCCGCAGCAGAGAUGGUCCCAAACCCCCAUAGCUCUCCCUGCGACUUUCUAUCCUCCGAAUCAGGACCCGGGGGAUUCGGCAAGCAGCUUUGCGACCGCAUGGCCCACUCCGCUCUCGUCCCACGGACCUCCGGGAAAAGAGACAUCUACUUGCCCCCACCUCCAGACUGCCAAUUCUUCAAAACACCCACCAAGCCCCCCUCUGCCCCCCUAUAGGGGCCCUUUCCGUCACAAGCGGGGCCCCCAGGGACCCAAGCCUCAGCCUACACGGCCCCCCGGGACCGGAGCCCCCAACCCGCCAGGGUUUGCCCACCGAGCCCCCGCCCCCCGUCACGGAAACCUCAGCUUGCUGAAACCGGGCACCGAGCCCCCGAUAUCCCCCGCGAUAUCCCCCUGA